CGACUACAAUGAGCGGCUUGAGGUCAAAGGUAAGAGAGAAAUGAACCAAUUUAGUUUUUUUUGAAUAUCGUAAAGAAUCUCUGAGACUGAAGACUAAGAUGAUGUAUCCAGGCAAUUAAGGGGGAGGUGGCAUCUGUUUGAAUUUGAAGAUCUUCCAGUACAAACAGAUAAAUUCAAUUGUGAUGUUUCAAAUUCCAAAUUCUGCUGUGGUCUGUGGAUAGCUAUCUAGAGCUGAGAAUAGUAUUAGUGUAAGAUUUUCGUACAGCCCCAUACAGUAAUCUAUUAUUAAUAUGAAGAGAGCCAAAACAUGUAUACAUAAUCAUUAAAUAUCAGGGCUGUUAGUGAGGACUGGUGGUUGGGGAAUUUCCCUGGCUACUUUCACAAGAAACAUAAGGUAGAUAGAACCAAAAGACCUUUUUAAAUAGCUCUUCGAUUUCCUGGCCAUUAGGUACACAUAGCAGGGAACUUAAAAUCCUAGUGAGAGCCUUGAUUGCAAAGCAACUCUUAAUCUUGGGAAUCCUGUGUUACUUGGGUAUCCUGUGGUACUCGGGGAAAACCUUUUUCAGCAGGUUUUUUUUAUUGCUUAUUGACAACCUCAUUUGCAUCUCUUCUCCUCCUCCUCCUCUUCUUCUUCUUCUUCUUCUUCCUCCUCUAAGUUGGAAAACAACAAGACCCUUGAGAUGAGGUCGGGGUCAUUAACUUUUUUUGGCAUCAUUUUGAAUUAGGUCAAAAGUGCAUGUGUAUCACCCUUUUGAUUGCAUCAAGUUUCGAUUAAGGUUGACCAGAAGGAGACAGAAGGCAAAUUGUUGUCACUAAAAAUAUCUACAAGUCAUACUGUUCAUCAGUAGUAUGCCUAAAAUGUAUUUAUUUUUAUAACAUUAUUAUUUGUUUUGGCUCCAUUAAAUCCUAUAUAAAUUGUAAAAAAAAUUGUGAGUACCGUUUUUAGCAAGGCAUAUGAGUUAGGAAAACCAACAAAAGUAAACUAUGAUUAUGCAACUGAUGUUAACAGUACGAAGUGACUUGAGUUUGGUGAAGGAAUGAAAUUUAGAGCUGUUUUUUUCGGUGGGUUUUAUUGCUGGGCUGGCAAUUCUAUUCUACCUUGAAGAGAUCUGAAUCCCCAAUAAUUCUUUUAUCUUCAUAUCUGUAGGUGUUAUCAUGUUACCGGUUACUUCACAGAACAAGACUCAAAGUAUUUGAAGGAGAUUUACAGGCCUUGGAGGCGGGCAAGCACAGGAUAAGAACUGAGUUUGCAAAACACAAAAAUGAGACUGAUCCUUCAAAAAUUGCAGAGCUUCUAGCUGAGGCAGAAAGUGCUGAGAAGUUUUUGAGGUGCAAUGUCGUACAAGGAGUUCAAACCAACAGAGGAACUGUUCGCUUGAAGAUUACAGAGCAUACAGAACUUCAAAAGAAUGCCCCACUUCCAUCCAAAAAGAACAAAUAAACAGCCCCUUUUUUAACCUUUUUUAUGUGGGCUAGAAAGCAUGGAAACAUUAUUUGUCAUGGGAAAUGUUGUGCAAGGAAUUCAAACUGUCAGAGGAACCUUGUGCUUGAAGAUUGCAAAGCAUGGGAGGCUUUAUGGUCAAAGGCUGCAAAAGAUUUUCUGAUGGACCUUGGUAGCUGUAAACUUGCAUUUCACUGUAGUAAAACCUGGUCUGAGAACUGUGAAACAAGGUUUGUGGUUUAGGGCUCUUAACUUGGCUAAGUGGAUGCACAAAUUUUUUAUAAGAAAUGAUCGCUAAAGACAUGUAAUAAAUUCAAGCAUUAAAACAGACAUAAGCCUACCCAUGAGGUAGGAGAGAAGACUUUCAUUGAAGAACAAAUCUACUGGGAGCAACGAGUUGUACAACAGAAGAAGAAAUGAAGCCAAGGUGCCUUUUAUUUUGCAUCUUUGAAUGAGCUACAGAUCCAGUAACCCUGCACCUUUGCACAAAUUUCUGAGAAAUUGUGAGGAUGUUGAAAAAAAGAACAGAACAGACUGUUAUUGUAAAGAAUUGAGCAAUUAAAG